AUAGUACUACAUUAUUCUACACUCUCUACUAUGCUAUGGAUUGGAGUAAAUGCCAGGAAUAUUUAUAAGCAAGUCACAAAAAAACCUCUGCCAUGCCAAAACAGUGACCAACCUUCUUAUCCAAAGCAACCACUACUCAGAUUUUACCUGAUCAGUGGUGGAGUUCCUUUUAUUAUAUGUGGGAUUACAGCAGCAACCAAUAUCAAUAAUUAUGGGAUUGAAGGCAAUGCACCAUAUUGCUGGAUGGCAUGGGAGCCUAGUCUCGGUGCUUUUUAUGGGCCAGUAGCAUUCAUUGUGCUAGUCACCUGUGUUUACUUUCUUUGCACGUAUGUGCAACUGAAACGCCAUCCUGAACGCAAGUAUGAGUUAAAGGAAAAGACAGAAGAUCCUCAGAGAAUGCCAAGUACUGAGGUGGGCCAUGGUCAUAUUACAGACUCUGUUUCCAUUCCCCAGGCAACCUGCUCCAUGAUUUCUUCUUCCUUAUUGGAAAAUGAGCAUUCAUUUAAGGCUCAGCUUCGAGCUGCAGCAUUCACUUUGUUCCUUUUUACUGCCACUUGGACCUUUGGAGCACUUGCAGUAUCUCAAGGUCAUUUCUUGGAUAUGAUAUUUAGCUGUCUUUACGGAGCCUUCUGUGUGACCUUGGGGCUUUUCAUCCUGAUCCAUCACUGUGCAAAACGAGAUGACGUGUGGCACUGCUGGUGGUCCUGUUGCCCAUCUAGAAGAAACACCUACUCUGUCCAAGUUAAUGUGCGCCCAAAGGUUAAUGUCAAUGGUGACACUCAAGUUCAUGCACCUUGUCUUCAGGAAUCGCCAUGUCCCAACAAAUCAGGUGUAUUUAAUCAUCCAGCAACUAGCCACUGCAAACUUACUAACCUACAAGCAGUUCAAAAUCACGUUAACUGCCUUUCGCCUGUGACACCAUGUUGUGCAAAAAUGCACUGUGAUCAGCUACUUGAUGAUGAAGCUCACAUUCAUGUCCACAACGAGGGAAGCUUCAGACCCAAUAUGCACAUUCAUAGAUGUCUGAAAAGCAGAACUAAGCCACGUUAUUUCAGUCGGCAUAGGUCUGCAGGUGAAAGAGAAUAUGCCUAUCACAUUCCUUCAAGUAUCGAUGGCAGCAUCCACAGCUCACAUACAGACAGUCCCCACAGUACGCAUGAUAGCCAGUCGGGUCACAGACGGGCCUGCUGCUCAAAAAGCGAUCCAUAUCCUACUGUCAACCAGCCAGAAAGUAGCGAUGCAAGUACUGUAAUAUAUAGUUGUGCUAAAAUGCCAGAAAGUGACACUGUGCACCAUCCAGCUCAUUUUGAAAUGCAUCCACGGACACAGUCAUUGCCAUUUAAUACGACGAAUCACAACGGAAUUCUCAAGGGAAACGUGCAUGAAGCCAUGAUAUAUAGCUCAGAUAGUACAGGAAAUAUCAAAACUGGCCCCUGGAAAAAUGAAACUACUGUGUAG